AUGGAUCCACGUCUUUGUGGGAUUAGUGGUCCCCCUAAUGAAGUCUGGUUAGGAAAUCAGAGAUUUGAAAAUGGAUUCUUUGAUCAAAGUAGGGAAUUUGGUUACCUUCAAUCCAAUCUAGUACCAACUGACAUGCCUUCUUCAUCCUCGGUUUUGACUCAUGAAGAACCUUCUCCGGAGGAUUGUGAAUUUUCUGAUGCAAUUUUGAGUUACAUCAGUCAGAUCCUUAUGGAGGAAGACAUGGAAGAUAAGACAUGCAUGCUGCAUGAUUCUUUGGAUCUUCAAAUUGCUGAGCGAUCAUUCUAUGAGGUGAUAGGUGAAAAGUAUCCUUCUUCGCCUUUAGGAAAUCCAAAUCCUGUUGAUCCAGAUGGUCGAGUGGGGGAUCAUAUUUUCUCUGAAAAUUAUGGUACUUUGUCUUACAAUGAUGGUGAUCUCAGUAGCAUUUUUACUAAUUUGCGUCAAAAUUUGAGAGAACAUCCUAACCAGAAUUUACAAGUCAAUAGCAAUUCACAAUCAUCUUAUAGCUCUUCAAAUAGUGUGAUAAGUAGUGUGGAAGGACUUGUGGACUCUCCAAGCAGUAUUCUCCAGGUUCCUGAUCUGAACAGUGAGAGUCAAUCCAUUUUGCAAUUUCAGAAGGGUGUUGAGGAAGCUAGAAAGUUUCUUCCAAGUGGAAAUGAGCUCUUUGCUAAUAUGGGGGUGGCUAAUUCUUCAAAACUAGAGCCUAAAAUGGGGAGGGAUGAAUUGCCAAUUAAGGUGGAGAAGGAUGUAAGGGAGUCUUUUCUUGCUGGAACCACAGGAAGGAAACAUCACCUCAUGGAAGAAGGGGAUGUUGAAGAAAAUAGAUGCAGCAAGCAAGCUGCAAUUUUCUCCGAACCUACAUUGCCAUCAUCUACUAUUGAUAUAAUUCUGCUUCAUAGUUUAGGGGAUGGUAGGAAGCUUUUUAUGGCCCGUCGUGAGGCUUUGCAAACCAAGAAUGAUAGGAUAGCGCUGUCAAAUGGUAAAUCAAAGGCUUCCAACACUGGUAAGGGACGUAGCAAGAAACAAAGUGGGAAAAAGGAAGUGGUUGAUUUGAGAACACUUUUGGUUCUUUGUGCACAAGCUGUUGCUGCAGAUGACUAUAAUGGUGCAAAUGAGUUUAUAAAGCGAAUCAGGAAGCACUCAAACCCUUUUGGGGAUGGAAAUCAGAGGUUGGCUCAUAUCUUUGCUGAUGGCCUUGAAGCGCGCUUGGCUGGUACUGGUAGCCAAAUUUAUAAAGGACUUGUUAGUAAAAGAACAUCAGCUGCUGAUUUUCUGAAGGCUUAUCAUUUGUAUCUUGCUGCUUGCCCUUUUAGGAAGAUGUCUAGUUUUAUAUCUAAUGUCACAAUAAGGAAAUCUUCAGCAAACUCAGCAAGGGUUCAUGUUAUAGAUUUUGGUAUCCUUUAUGGUUUCCAGUGGCCUACUUUUAUUCAGAGACUUUCAUUGGCAGUUGGAGGACCAGCUAAACUUCGAAUUACAGGAAUAGACUUUCCACAACCUGGUUUCAGGCCUGCUGAGAGAAUUCUAGAAACUGGACGCCGCUUGGCAGCAUAUGCUGAAUCCUUUAAGGUGCCAUUUGAGUAUAAUGCAAUAGCAAAAAAAUGGGAAACAGUUCAGCUUGAGGAACUAAAGAUUGAUAGGGAUGAGUACCUUGUUGUUACGUGUGUUUAUCGUGGUAAAAAUGUGCUUGAUGAAUCUGUGGUCGCGGACAGUCCAAGGAACAAAUUUCUCAGUUUGAUAAGGAAGAUCAACCCGGAUUUAUUCAUUCAUGGCAUUACUAACGGGGCCUUUAAUGCGCCUUUCUUCGUUACUCGGUUCAGGGAGGCACUGUUUCACUACUCUUCACUUUUUGACAUGCUUGAAACUAUUGUGCCUCAAGAGGACUGGGAGAGGAUGCUAAUUGAGAAAGAGAUAUUUGGCAGGGAAGCAUUGAAUGUCAUAGCUUGUGAGGGCUGUGAGAGAGUAGAGAGGCCAGAGACAUAUAAGCAGUGGCAAGCCCGGAUUCUUAGGGCUGGAUUUUCGCAACAAUCUUUUGAACAUGCUUUAGUAAAGAGGGCAAUAGAAAAAGUAUCGGCUAGCUACCACAAGGAUUUUGUUAUUGAUGAAGAUAACCAGUGGUUGUUGCAGGGUUGGAAGGGGAGAAUUAUUUAUGCCCUUUCUUGUUGGAAACCAGCAUGA